UUCAGCCAUUGAACUGGGAAGAGUAGAGGGUCCAUACUGUUGUGGUUAUACUGCGACCUGUAUGCGAUUUUAUAGGCAAAAUGUUGCUAUUUAUCUUAUAUUAGGGUAUCAUUCUACGGUGUAAGGUGUAACUAUUCGGUCGACUGGAGUCGUCGGUAAAGAUCAGGGCCAUAAUGUCUGGAGCGGCCGGUGGGGGAGGAGGCUCCUCCUGUCAGGGCGCAGCAGCGGCAGACAGUUGCAGCUCCGCCGGCUCUCCCUACGCUGCCGCAGCCGGAGGAGGCGCAGGGGUGGCCGGGAGGUUGCCAGCUCGGGUCCUGGAGCAUGUCUUCUCGUACUUGGAGCUGACCGACUUGACGCGUUGCGCGUUGGUCUGCUGGCAUUGGAACAACAUGCUGGCGGAUGAAAACAGCGAGGUGUGGCGCAGCCUCUGCAGCCGGUCCUUGAGCGAUGAAGCUAUGCGUUCUGACAUCCUGUGCAACCUGCCCACCUACAAGGGGAAACUCAAGGCCUUUCAACAUGCUCUGAGCACCCACGACUGCUCCCGCAAUGUUUACGUGAAGAAGAACGGCUUCACCCUGCACCGCAACCCUAUUGCCCAGAGCACGGAUGGUGCUCGUGGCAAGAUCGGCUUUUUGGAAGGGAGGCACGCCUGGGAGAUCUGGUGGGAAGGCCCUCUUGGCACCGUCGCAGUGAUAGGCCUCGCCACCAAGCGUGCGUCCAUGCAGUGCCAGGGCUACCUGGCCCUGCUGGGCAGUGAUGACCAGAGCUGGGGCUGGAACCUGGUCGACAACAACCUGCUUCAUAAUGGGGAGGUCAAUGGAAAUUUCCCCCAGUGUAACAAUGCGCCAAAAUAUCAGAUCGGGGAGAGAAUACGAGUGAUUCUAGACAUGGAUGACAAGACGUUAGCCUUCGAGAGGGGUUUUGAGUUUCUCGGUAUUGCGUUUCGUGGACUGCCCAAAGCUUGCCUUUUCCCAGCUGUCUCCGCAGUAUACGGCAACACCGAAGUCACCAUGGUGUACCUGGGAAAACCUCUAGACGGCUAGAUGCAAAGUAACCUGUGCCACCAUUAAAACUAAUAGGCCACUGGCGAGUGCAGGACUUUUUUUCUGUCAACAGACUGCAGACUGUGUUUGUUGCACCGUUUCAAACACAGUCUGGUCUCAAAAGGUUUUGGAGACCAAGGGGUCAUGUUCCUUCCCAAGCAGAAUAACUAUUUACACACACUGUUGGCAUUUCUACUACAGCUCGACAUGAGGAGUCAAACUACAGGGGAGAAGGAAUGCGUGGGAACUGUCACAAAACACGUUUCUGUAUCAGUGUGGAAGUGUCCACUUUUACAGUUUAGCUGCUGGACUGUUUUAUUUACAGGAUAGCGGAACAUUAUUUAAGUUCAUGCGAUUCGGGCUAACAGUGCUGAACAUUUACGUGAGAUUUUAUGUCUGCUGAAAUGAGGCCAAAACUAUUGUAAACUGUGGCAAAUACACUCAGACAUUGUUUUUAACAAGUGAAACAGUGGUUGUUAUCGAUGGCUAUCUGUUGUAUGAGUUAAAGGAAACAGCUCAUCGUGGAUUAACGCAGUUUAACUAUAAUCGAUGGCUGGAGUAUAAUAGUUAUAUGCCAAAUCAAUGUGACCUGAUCGCUAUAGGCAAACAUAGAGGACAUGCGGACCAACUGUCAUGCAUGUGCAUGGAUAAUGGCGUAAAGACUAUAACACCUGUCCAGUAAUGGCGGAAACUAUAGCUGUAUCAUGUUUAUGUGCGUCCUUUUUAAUGUGCUACUGUAGUAUUACACACUAUUUAUUUCUUGGUUUUUAUCUAUGGUACUAUAGAUGCUGUAUGGUAAUAAGGCCUGAAAAUAAAGUCUACAUGAUGCCACUCUUAUAAUAAAGAA